CUUCGUCGUUGCUAGUGGUGUUCCUCCUAGUUCUAUCCACAGCAAAUGUCCCGUACACGACGUACAAAUGCGGUCUCUGCAUGACAAAACGUGGCUUCGAUCCUAGUUUAGCAUGACAAGUUUUACGCUCCAAAUUGGUGAAAUUUGUGAUGCAUGUUGUGCAAACAUGUACGGGAAAUUUGUAUUGCAUAAGUUCUGAUCGUCGUCACCGGGACCUUCCGCACCAUGGAACUCAUCGGGGUGGCGAUGGGCAGCACGCAGGUGCUGUAUCCCAUGUAAAAAUAACGAUCCUAUCCCAUACUUGUCAUGCAAAUGCGAAAUGACAGGAACAUUUGUAAUGCGCAGCUCCAUGAGGGGCGUUUCCAGUUGUGUUUUGGAAUUUGUAACGCUGUAAACAGGAUGAGAGAAUGGCUUUCUCAUGCGGCUUGCCUUGCCAACCAGCACUACACUGGACAUGGUAGUUUGUCAUGCACAGCUCCCAAAACUUGGCGAUUUGUGUUGCUAGAUUCCCAACUUGACUCUAAUGGGGUGGGGACGUAGUUUUUACUCAGGAUAUGCUGUUUCUGGUCGUCAUGUUCCUGGUGAAACCGGAUUGGUCCAUAUGAGAGUGCACAAGAAGAACUACCCCCCCCUUAUUUGUAUGGCAAGAGCAGCAUUACAACCACCAGCACACGUAGGACCUGCGCAUGACAAGUUCACGCGCGUAAAAAUUCUGUUUGGGCUUGUUCCAUCAUCUGUCAUGCAAACAGUGCCACAGGGUACAACUAGCACUUGGAUUUGGGAUUUUGCAUUACAAACGAAGGGGGUGGAGUAGUUGUGCAAUCUCAUAGUCCGAAGUCGCGCGCGGCUUGGUAGAGACGCACUUCGAGGAUGCCGGCUGGGUCAAGCUGUUAGCCGCCAACAUCGGCGCCGUGAUUAUGCCGUGGAUGCUGUUCUACCAGCAAUCGGCCUGUUAUGCUGAGAGUAUAAACACUCCCACUCAACGUCCUCCUUCUCCUCAGUUCAAUAGCACAAGCAGCAUCACAAACACCAGCAUUCGCGGUGUCUGUGCAUGACAAGUUGAAGUUCUUGAUGGUGCACCAAAUGAAGUAGUAUUGUUUGGGCUUCAUCAGGUUCAGGCAUUUGUCAUGCAAACAAGGCCACAUGUGCAGCAAGUGGAUUUUCUUUUCAGAUUUUGUUAUACAAACGGGGGAGGACGAAUUGGGGGUGUUGUUGUGAAGCCUGAUACGUGUUGCGAACGGAAGAUGACGCAAAGCGACAUGCUCUACGCCCGGCUGGACACGGUUUAUGAAUGGCAAAAGUAUCGUGCUCGUAGUAAUUGCAGUUAUGCAUGACAAAUCUCUUUCUCAAAGUAAAUUAGCAUUACAAAUUGAAUUUGUAAUGCUGGGCUAAUUUGUAAUGCAAUUUAUACUACUAGUACGAUACUUUUGCAAUGCAUACGGUUGUCGGCGCGACCAUUGCGCAGGCCGUGAUGAUAUCUAUGGUGAUUGCCAUGGGCGCGACCCUGUUCAAGCAAAAGCCGCAGGAGCUGCAGGACGUUCCGCAGAUGGUCAACGCAUUAGCAGUAUUCAUUGCAAAAGAAGUAUCGUACUAGAACUAGUGCAGUAACUAGCUAGUUACAUGACCUAUUUCUUCGAAUACAAAAAACAAUAUGUAAUGCUGAGCUACUAGCCACCACCUUCUACUUCUAGGAUGAAAGAGAUCUCUUGUACUGGAUCCGUUGAUGGCCAUGGCGCUUUUACUACGAGCGCGGUACAACUUUUGCAGAGGAUAAGUGCCUUCCAUGGGGCUCGUGUGGGCCAAGGUGCUGGUGGCGCUUGGGGCGACGGGAGCCAGUUUGGUCGCGGCCUUGGUUGUUGCGGUGACGCUAUCGAGUGCAAAAGCCAAUCUGGAUCUGGAAAAAUAUGAAGAAAACUGUAUUGCCAUGCCAUGCCAUGGCACUACAAACCAAGCAAUUACAGGCAUGAUGCCUGUAGAAGCUUCUGUACUGCAUGACUAUGUAUACUGGUGAGCAAAUGAAGCAUGACCUUCUCUGGUGCUGGAGAAACGCAGUUUCUAAAAAUGCGCGCUGCGUGUGCGCAUUAGGAGAAGUCGCAAAGUGGAUUUGCCACGCUGGGCUGCGAGAGGACGAGGAGGCUCCUCAAGCAACUCAAUUUCAAUUAUCCAUAUCCAGCAUCACAAGUUUUUUCCAGGAGACCCAGACGUAUUUGCAAAAAUUCAUAAACGCCCGCCUGGAGUAUUUGCGAGCUGCUCGGGAAGGAGCGGUCGCAUGACCGCCCCUACGGCGAAUCGAUGUACUUCUACAUCGCCUUAUCCAGGAGAAAACAUCCAUCCCCAUCCAAUUUGUCAUGCAAAACACGCAUCAAGUCCUGUGUUAGUGUUUGUCAUGCAAAAAAAUAGAUGAGGAUGGACGAUGGAUUCUUUCCUCUGGAUACGCUUUCGCAGCAGUCCUGGUCGCGGCCUUUGUGAUUACGGUUGCGCUAUGCAUUGCAAAAGUAGCGUACUCGUAUAAAUGCAUUACAAAUUAUUUCCUCAGCAUGAGACAAAAAAUUUGUAUAUGCAGAUUUGCCUUGGAAACAAGGUUUGUAAUGCAAGACUUGCAUUUGUACGAGUACGAUACUUUUGCACAGGAUAGGCGCCCGGCGUUGGCAACACCGCCUGGCUGCUGAUUCAAGUGGAAGUUCUCAACGCGUUGCUCAUGCCGGUCGUCUAGGCUGUGUAAAUAGUAUCGUACUCGUACCUCUAACUGCGUUUGCGCAUGACAAAUCUUUUUAUCAAGGCAAAUCCGCAUUACAGAUUCAAUUUGUAAUGCUAAGCGAAUUUGUAAUGCAAUUCAUACUAGUACGAUACUUUUGCAAUGCAUAUCGUCGUGGGCUUUCUCUUCUUCCUGGCGAUAAAGAAAAACGUGCUGCCAGACCGCUACCGCCUAUGAAUGUGCACAACUCCCCCUCCCCCUCAUUUGUCAUGCAAAAUGCCCAAUCCAGGGCGUGCCUCCACCUAGCACUGUUCGCAUGACAAGUUCUGGCAGCCCAAAUAGCACUACCAUCCUGUGCAAAUCUGUCAUGCAAAACCUGCAUUCUGGCUGGCGCUUGUAUUGCCGUUCAUGCUACACAAACGAGGGGGAGGGGGAGUUGUGCACUGUCAUACCGCCUGAAGGGCUUCUACUGCGUUCUUCUGGCCGUCGUUUUCGGCCUCUGCAGUGUCCUGUGCGUCGCCGCGCCGUUCCUGCAAUAGGAAGAGAAACUGAAACUGAAACAUUAGAGGGAAUAUAGCACCGAAGACUGUUCGGGUUCUGCGGCCAGGAGUGUCGGAGUCGACGAUGCAAAGGCCGGACUACAGCUGCAAGGCCGGACUACAGCUGCAGAGCAGGAAGAGCUUCCCCGACUAGAGUAGGGCAGUUGUACCGGAAUGAUGCGGCCACGCGGUCGCGGCUGCUGCUCGGAGUUCGGCCCAUUUGCUGGACACGACACAAUGGACGGAAGUAGUGGCUCUAAUUAAUUUUAGCAGAAGCUCUACUAGUGCGUCAUCAUUUAUUCAUUGCGAUGGCGUGCAGCGGGCAGAAAGAUGUUGAACAAAAGUGGUUUACAAGUAGCAUUUGCAGUAUUUCUUGAGAUGAUCAUCAGUAGCAUUUUAUACAGUUCGAGUAGUACUUCUACUACGGAAUUCCCUGCUGCGUGGUGUCGUGGCUGGCUUUAUAAUUGGCGCCAGUACUCCGGUGUCAGAAGUACUUCAUAAUUCGAGUGGUUUGUUCCGCCCGUUGUCCUAGGCAUUAUUCUGGCCAUUUUCAUGUUACCCACCUUGUCACAAUAUUAGUAGUAGAUGAAGGCUCUCAUCUUUCAUAGCAGACAAACCAACAUGUGGUCUCAUCAACAUGCUGGUAAAACUGUCACUAGAUGUAAGCCUAGCAGCCCCCUUGAAGAUCCGCGAGCAGCUAGGGUUUCCGUCAAUCAGUGAAAGUUGGAUAGACUCACUAGGUAUUUACUUAUGUAUAGUAAGUGAAAAUGAUCCGUACAUAUACGUAUUCGCUCCUGAUGGUUCUUUUCGUCUCUGCAGAAGAGGCAGAAAAAAAAAGCUCAAAACCGCUGAAAAACAUUAACGUUGAAGAAAGUGAAAGUACUACUACUAGCUAGGGG